AAUUUAUGGAGUCGUUUUCAUUGUAUUUGUAUAUCUUCCCCAAUGCUUCCUAGUUGGGAUUGGGAAACCGGUUCUGUUAGGCUUGGCGUCGGAGAGCGGGAAGCAGCUGCAAUGAGCAAGCAAAUUGAAUUACGAUCCCUAGCCUUACCACGGCUGAAUGUGCGCCGCACGGGUGAAGAUGAUGAACGGAACCACUACGGGACCGGCCAUGUCGCGUUUGACUACUUGGAGUUAUCUCAUGGACAGAUGGAAAUGAUUCUUUCAUUAUUAGUGCUUAGUUUUGAAGAGGCUGAAGGGUGCUCUUAUGUAUGGACUAAAAAUAGGAAUCACCUUCAAGCGCCAGAGGGCAAGAUACCGUGGUUUUAUUAUCCACCUCGCUCUCGGAAUCCCAAGCGUUUUGGUACCUUUGCAGAUCUCAUUGGCUUAGUUAGUGCCAUAUACCAAUGCAUUGUUACGGUACUCAAUUAUGAUUUUGCGCGCAGGGCUGCUAAUAGUCCUAUCGAAUUCCCAUUGUUGCCUAUCAUCUGCGCUUGUGGCCUUUUAUGUUCAAUAAUUGUACAGACCGUAGAGAAAAGGGCUUCAGACGGAAAAGAUAGUUGAGGAACGUUUCUGAUCAGAUUAUGGUGUUGCAUUGUUACUGCAAAUGGAUAUGGUUCUUCGGUUCUUCCUGCUGUGUUGUGUUUUAGGAAUGCUGUUAUGCAAAAUCUAUAAUAUUUUGUUAUUGUUCAUUUCAUUUUUUUUCUUAUAAAUAACAACUUUCCCA